CGGUAGCUGUUCGUAUAUCUUCGUACGCCGUUCGUUAUGUUCCGCCUACACCUCGGAUCUUGUCGAUAGUGAAUUAGGGCUGUAUUUCGUCCCCCUCGAUCUCUGUGUUGUUGUCCUCGGUGACGCGACGGAGGUGUAGCCUGACGCGGUCUCUUACGUGUCGGACUAAAUAAAAGUGGAGCUCCGGAGGCCUGGGAGUGACGAGGCGAGUCUGUGUCGGGCUAUCUAAAUGACCAUGGAGGCAGGAGCAGAUGUCCAGCAGGGCGGCGACACUGCAAUCUCAGAGACAGACAGUCAGCAGCUGGCCACUUUGGCACAGGCGAGUUUCUAUAUCUGUGUCUCACCCUAUUGUACCUCCCUGAUGCAGGUUUCCAUGGCUGCAGCACAGGCAUCAGCUACUGGACCCACAGUGACCUUAGUUCAGCUGCCCAAUGGGCAAACAGUGCAAGUUCACGGGGUCAUCCAGGCAGCCCAGCCCUCCGUCAUACAAUCCCCACAGGUGCAAACUGUACAAAUUUCUACCAUUGCUGAGAGUGAUGAUUCUCAGGAGUCAGUGGACAGUGUGACAGAUUGCCAGAAAAGGAGAGAGAUCCUGUCUAGACGGCCAUCAUACAGAAAGAUCCUGAACGACCUUUCAUCCGAUGCUCCAGCGGUCCCACGGAUAGAAGAAGAGAAGUCAGAGGAGGAUUCCACUCCAGCCAUAACAACCGUUACCAUGCCAACGCCCAUCUACCAGACAAGUAGUGGGCAGUACAUUGCUAUUACUCAGGGUGGAGCGAUCCAGUUAGCCAACAACGGAACAGAUGGAGUUCAAGGGCUACAAACCCUGACCAUGACAAACGCAGCAGGCGCUCAGCAGGGCACCACCAUCCUGCAGUAUGCACAGACCAGCGACGGGCAGCAGAUACUGGUGCCCAGCAAUCAAGUGGUCGUGCAAGCGGCCUCAGGAGACGUUCAGGCAUAUCAGAUCCGCACCGCAUCUAGCACCAUUGCUCCAGGUGUGGUCAUGGCCUCGUCUCCUGCAAUGCCCAGCCAGGGAGGAACUGAGGAGGUCACGCGCAAGCGGGAGGUUCGGCUUAUGAAGAACAGGGAGGCAGCACGGGAGUGCCGCAGGAAAAAGAAAGAGUAUGUUAAAUGUCUGGAAAACAGAGUGGCCGUGUUGGAGAAUCAGAACAAAACGCUCAUUGAGGAGCUCAAAGCGCUUAAGGACCUUUACUGUCACAAAUCUGAAUAAUUGUCCUCACGCAUACGUGCUGAACGGAUCUCUUCUGGUGCCUCUAGAGACAGAGACUCUGAACAUACCACAGGCACCUGCACAGCAUCUGUCUUUUUUCAUUUUUCAUUUCUUUUUUUUUAAAUAUUAUCUUCUGUAAAAAUCCAGUUAGCAGUAAUACAUUGUAAGUUUGUACGUGUAAACUUUUUAUUUCCCUUUUCUCUUCAGAAGAAAGAGAGUCGGUUUUUCGGAGACAAGAAAAAACGACAUGCAGGGUACAGUUUCGUUAUCAACAUGUUGCCCUACUUAAGGAGCGUUGUGAACCAUAAAGAGCACCUUUCUGCAGCUGUGACAGGGAAUGAAUGUUUGUGUGGGUUUAUCAUGAAAACAGCCCAGGGUGCUGCUUUGAGACCUGCUCCUGUCACUCUGAGGUUCGCAUUUGAAAGACUUUCCCACAAUGCACCAGUCCUUGAUGGCGCUGCUUGCGAGCAUGAUUAAAGAGGGAUGGAGUUUUUCACUAUUGCAGCAUGGGUCUUUAAUGAUUGAGAUUAAAUCAGCCGUGCCCUC